CGCGGUUGCAGAACACUUGUCCCCUCGAUCUCCGACCCCACAUCCCCUUACACCAUGGCUCCGAAGGAACAGAAGGCGCUCUUCUUCCUGACCGACCACCGCGACUGGGACGUUCGAACCACCGCCGUGCCCUCCCCCGGCGCCGGCGAGGUCCUCGUCCGGGUGGACGCCACCGCGCUCAACCCCGUCGACUGGAAGCUCCCGAUCUACCAUAAGAACGUUAUGACCUAUCCCGGCAUCCUCGGCACGGACGGCGCCGGCGUCGUCGAGGAGGUUGGUGAGGGUGUCACCCGCUUCCAAAAAGGCGAUAAGAUCCUGUGGCAGGGCAAGUUCGAGAACCCCCGCGCGACGUUCCAGCAGUACGCCCUCGCCGCCGCCGAUCUCGCCGCGAAGAUCCCGGACAACGUAUCCGUCGACGAGGCCGCCUCAGUCCCGCUUACGCUCGCCACCGCCUACCUCGCGCUUUACAACAAGAAGAAGCCCGCGGGGAGCCAAGGCGGCGGCGCCGAGCUCAUGCCCUUCUGGCAGUCGAACACCGCCUACGCCGGCCAGCCGUUCGUCGUCCUCGGCGGCGCUACCUCCGUCGGCCAAUUCGUGAUCCAGCUCGCGAGGCUGAUGGGCUUCUCCCCGAUCGUCGCCACCGCGUCCGAGAAGCACGCCGACUUCCUCAAGUCCCUCGGCACGACGCACGUCCUACCCCGCACGCUCGCCGCCGACGCGCUCGCGUCCGAGAUCGCGAAGAUCACGCCGCACCCGAUCGAGUUCGUGUACGACACCGUCAGCGUGGCCGACACGCAGCGGACGGCGUGGUCGCUCCUCGCGCCGGGCGAGCAGCUGCUCCUCGUCCUGCCCCCGGACGCGAGCGCCGGCGUCGUCCCCGGGAAGGACGGGAAGGACGUUCAGCACGUGUUCGGGAACGUGAAUUAUCCCGGGCAGCAGGAGGCCGGGCGCGACAUGUACGCGCGCCUCACGCAGCUGCUGCGGGACGGCUCGAUCAGGCCGAAUCGCGUGCAGAUCCUGCCGAACGGGCUGGCGGGUAUUCCCGACGGGCUGGAGCAGCUCCGCCAGGACAAGGUCAGCGGCGUCAAGUUGGUUGCUCGUCCUCAGGAAACCGCAUAAGUGUUGUAUCGUAUAUCCACGGUUGUCAGCAGAACAACAUAUAUGUAUCGUCACAGCAGUAACAGGGUGUUGUAUGACUAUCAGUUGUCGGGGAAAGCAGCGAACCGCGACGCGCGUAUCACAUGCGUAUG